AUUGGGCACAGUGUUCCUCGACAGCUUUAUAUCAGGAAGUGAAGCGUAUAUUCCGUUGGUUUUCUUUCGAGCAAGAAAGCAAUCGAGACAGGCAUAUUUCAAGGUUCGUCAUAGGCAGAGAGGGAGAGAGAGAAAUUUGUGUAUGAUUACCAGAAGGUUGUAUCCAUUGAUUGAUUAAGCAAAACUUGCAUAUAUGAACUUGUAAACGGGCUUUCUUCAAUCUUAACCACCAACCAGGUUCCCACCAUUUUCAGGGAGGAAGAAACACUGUUUCAGAGGCGGUAUGAGAGAGUUUUAGAGAGAGAGAGAGAGAGAGAGAGAGAGGGGGGGGGGGGGUGUAGAAGAAUGAGUAAAGAAGAUGAUGAUGACCCAGAAAAUAGGAAGUCGAAAUCGGGGCCAAGAUCAUCGGGGCUGUACGAUUGGUUGACGAACUUUCACCGCGAUCUGAUGGCCGGGGCGGUGUUGGGGGGGGUGGUGCACACGAUUGUCGCCCCAGUAGAGCGAACGAAGCUUAUCUUGCAGACCCAAGAAAGCAACCUGGCGAUUGUAGGAGGCAGUGGGCGUAGGAGAUUCAAGGGUAUGCUCGAUUGCAUCGUCCGUACGGUACGAGAGGAAGGCAUUCUCUCUCUUUGGAGAGGCAAUGGGAGCAGCGUUCUUCGCUAUUACCCUUCUGUCGCUCUCAAUUUCUCACUCAAGGAUCUCUAUAGAAGCAUGUUAAGAAGCGGGAAAUCUGAACGUGGUCAUUUUCUGUCUGGUGCAUCUGCCAAUUUUAUUGCUGGGUCUGCAGCCGGUUGUACAACAUUGAUCUUAAUAUAUCCUCUUGACAUUGCACACACCCGUCUCGCUGCUGAUAUUGGGAAAAGUGAAGUUCGUCAAUUUCGAGGCAUCUACCAUUUCUUGACUACCAUAUGCAAAAAAGACGGGAUUCGGGGGGUUUACAGAGGGCUUCCUGCCUCUCUACAUGGGAUGGUUGUUCACCGCGGCCUUUAUUUUGGAGGUUUUGAUACAAUAAAAGAGAUGCUCACAGAAGAAUCAAAGCCCGAGUUGGCAUUGUGGAAGCGAUGGGUGGUGGCUCAGGCAGUCACAACCUCUGCUGGGUUGUUGUCAUAUCCAUUGGACACCGUACGGAGGCGGAUGAUGAUGCAGUCCGGCUUGGAACAGCCUAUGUACCAUAGCACUCUGGACUGCUGGAAGAAGAUUUAUAGGACAGAGGGGUUGGCUUCAUUUUAUCGUGGGGCUCUUUCAAGCAUCUUUAGGAGUACUGGUGCUGCUGCCAUCCUGGUCUUAUAUGACGAGGUGAAGAAGUUCAUGAAUUGGGGUAGAUUGUAACAGGAAACCAUUUUGGAGUUAUUUCAUCUUAAUAGAGAAGGUUUAAAGAAUAGAUUAGAAUGAAGCAAUGAGAUUUACAAGCGGAAAAUCUUGUAAAGCGCAAAUGAGAGCUAUACAGAUUGUGUAAAACAUCCAAUAACGACAUUCAUUGGCCGCUUCGCCCUUUGAGGCUCUGGCAAUUUAUGUCUUAAUUUUUUGUUAAAAAAAAUAA